CUCAGCCGUUGCUUUUAUCAAAUAAAUAAAUAAAUAAUUGUAUUUACAUUGCACCUAUCGCCUUAUCAGUGAAGUGUUGUUCCUAUCGCAGUCCACAUCGUGCAAUGUCUCUAGAUUUCAAAGUAUAUUUACAGACACCAGAUGGGGACGAAGUUAUUCGCCGCAUUUGUAUUCCAGGUUUGGAUUUUGGAUAUUUAAGGCAUGAAAUCUGCUACAGGUUUUCGAUAUCGAAAUACGAACAUUUUUCUUUGUGCUGGAAAGAUAAUGAAGGUGAUAAAAUCCGAAUAAAUACAGAAAGGGAGCUUGAAAUCGCACUAAAUGAAACUAGCUCUUCUCCUAUAAAGUUGUAUGUUAUACUUCAAGGACAGCAAGAUCAUCCUAGUGACCAUCUAAAAAAGAAUGGACCAGUUCAUUCCACAGUGAAUUGUGAUGAAUGCGGACUGAAAUCGUUACAAGGUUACAGAUAUAAGUGCUUAGUCUGUCACAAUUAUGAUUUAUGUACAAAUUGUGAAAAAUCAGAAAGGAUUCAUUCGGAACACCCCAUGGUUAGGAUUCCUGUGCCCUUAAAUGGUGAACAACCAUUUGGAAGGAAGUAUCAAAAUGUUAAAGACAACAUUUAUGGAACUAUGAAAUAUUUACUUGAAAACAGUUAAACAAGAUUGAAAGGACUGGAUGACAAUAUUCUAAUUGACAAUGUUUAUAUAUAAUUAAAAACGUUUUUAUAUGUAUC